AAUAAGAGGCGCAAAUUGCUGACCUCCGUUCGCAAACCGCAGACCUCAAGGUGCUUCGCCGAGUGACCGUCCGAGUUGCAAUCGCCGGUGACUCCAGCCUCCAGGCCUCAAGGUGCUUCGCCGGUCUAUCAAGUAUCAAGUAUCAAGAACAACGAAGAUUUAAGAUUUUGGUUUAUAUAGAAUGAAACGAAGGGCAGAUCUUAUGGAAACUGACCCAAGUCCUUCACCUAAUGUGGUUUGUCAACAAACGGAGGAAAAAAGAGACGAUAGUCUUCUGACAACCACUUCAUCACACAUACCACACCCAACGAAACAGCCAAGGCCAGGACGUCGUUACAUUGCAAAGGGAAGCAAACGAAGGGCUCCUUAUUCGGUAAACUAUGAAUUCUUUCUAGAUGAUCAAGACAAUGUGCGAGCUGAAUGUGUGCAUUGUGAUUCAACUUUCGCUGCUGAUUCUGCACGUAAUGGGAAUAAAAAUUUAAAAGCUCAUUCUGCUAUUUGCGAAAAAAAUCCAUUGAACAAAGGCAAAGAGAAAGGGGAGGAGAGAGCCAAAAAGGUAAAGAAGUUUGCAGAAUCUUUGUUUGAUGAGUAUAGACGAAUGUAUGCCCCCUCAAAUCUUCAAAGUGGGGAUUCUGGGGAAAGCUCGACUAUGGUUCAAAGUAUUCCAUCUACCAAAGGAGGAAGUGUAGACCUUAUGAAUUCUAUUAGUGAGCAAGUCAAAAUGAAGAUGAGAGGAUGUGACACGGGAAAUAAGUUUUUGAGAACAGAAUUCGAUAGAUAUUUGGAUGAGAUAAUGGGUGAUGAUGAAGAGAAAGAGAUGGUUCAAGCUCUUAUAUGUGGGCAAGAUUGGAUUCGUGCACUUCUUCGAAAGAAAAAACUUGAUAUGGAAGAAAAUCUACAAGAGUUGGAAAACUUGGAGAAAGAUUUGAAGGAUGUGAAUAUAGAAGAUGACUUGAUCUUCGUGACGGAAUAAAUAGCUCAGUUUUUCUUCCACCUCCAGGCUCCAACACUCCCCCCCCUUGUUCUUUUCCUUUUCUGCCUGGGUGUCUUUUUUUGUACUUAUUGCUCUAUGCUUAUUCCACCUCCAGUCCUCCAGCAGUUUUUCCAAUUGGACUAUUGAUCUUUGUUUAUUUUUACUUUUUAAGGAGCUGUAUUCCUUUGUUUUUGCUUG